AUGCUGUUGUUCGCGCAAGAGGCACAAGCGUUCGCAGGUUUUGAGAUUGGCAAAGCCGUUGCAACAGUGCCGGAACCGCCGACCAUGUCCGGCGCCGAGGUGACACAGGCCAUGGCAAGGUCCAUGCAAGAGCCCGCAGUGGCAUGCAAAGGGAUCAGUGGUGCACCGACCCAUGCAGCGCACGCCAACACUCGGCUCGCCCAUGUCGCAGUGAUGGCCAUCCCAUUGACCAUUGUGUGCAUAGUCCUGCUCAUGUAUCCCGGGAAUGCAGCACAGUCCAUGCGGAUGCCACCGAUCUAUGACCCAAAUGAUCAUACCCAGGCCUUCAGAGCCUGGAGUCAAGAUCUGAUGCUUUGGACCAUCUCCAGUGAGCUUCAGCCGCACCAGCAGGCUGCCAUGGUGGUGGAACUGCGCGGUCCUGCUCGAGAAAUGGCCAGGAGUAUCACGCCUCAGGAACUGUACCACGGUGGCAUGUACAAUGGAGUCCACUUGGAUCCAGUCUCAUAUAUCCUCCAAGGAUUGGCAUCAAGGUUCGCGCCGCUUGAUGAUGAGACUCGCCUCCGAGCUGCGCAAGAGCUCCUUUCGUUCCACCGUAGGCCGCAUGAGUCGAUUGAUGGACUCAUCACCAGGUUCAAGAUCGUUCGCAGUCGAGCAAGGCAGGAAGGAGGUGGAGCAACAGUGUCCACUGAGACUGCAGCUCUCCUCCUGCUUCGAGCAUGCGACUGCAAUCCGGAGCAAUUCCAAGCCUUGACACAACCCUUCGGCUACCGACUUCCGAACACAGACGACGAGUUCACCAGACUUUGUGCCCACAUCCGUCGCUUAGGCCACAUCGUGGAACGCCAGCCGUUGAAUAUGGCCAGCGCUCUCCGACAAGGCCAAGGUCAGCUGGACACCUCUGACUUUGCCCACUUGCCAGAGCACGAAGCCGAUCAAUACCUCUUUGGCGAGUGCCAGCGCGCCAAGAAGAGAUGGAGACGCUUCUCAUUCUCAGGUCAGAUCCAGCAAGCCGGUGAUAGACGCCUGUUCGCGCAAGAGAGCUCAGUGCACUUCGCAACCUUCGAGCAGGUUUCCGCCGCCAGUGGCCCACCAAGUGAAGCCGACAACGCAAGGCCCACACAAGCUGCUGAGCAAGCCACGCCAGAUUUCCCUCAGGUCUAUCAGCUGACACCGGACCAGCAGAACGAUCCGUGGAUCAAUGGGCAGGAUCCAUGGACGCAGGGAUAUCAAGAAUGCUCGCAAGAUGCAGCGUGGCAACCGCAGCCAAUGCAAGUCGGUGAUCCAUGGAUGCAGUGGCACGUAGGAGGCCAGCAAGUGCAAUACAACCAGCCACAGCAGUUCAACAUGGUCAAUGCAGCACUCAGCGCCAAUUCGUGGUUCAUGCCAUAUGACCAGAAUAGGCCAGCUGUCCAACAUGAGCAAGUUCAACUGCCUGUGAUUCCACAAGUGAGUGCUAUCCAAGAAGCCGUUCGUGCCGCUGCAAUGCAACAGAGUGUAUCGAGCAACGCGAAUGAACCAUCAAGCAGUUCGACGCAGCCGCCAGUGUGGUUCCAACAGCCUGUUAGAACUUCAAUACUUCAAGCGCUGCAAACACCUGAGCAAGUUGCAGUAGCUACAGCCUCAGAAGUGGUGUCCAUCUUCGCUGAAGUGCAUGCAGCAAGGUCCGCGCAAGCUGAGAGGUCUCGACCGCAAACACGACCUCGAAAUGAAGUUCGUCCUUUCAGCAACCAGUGCACCAUAGGCCAGCAGACCUUCAACCAAGGUGAAGAGAUCUUGAGGAUUGAAUGUGGACAUAUGUUCCACAGCCUGUGCGUCAGUGAGAUGAUGCAGCAUGCCGAGUCUGAAGGCAAUGCAGUGCAGUGCCCAAAUUGCUGUUCGGAUGCAGUAGUUGUGAGCACAUGGGUAUAUACAAUCCCAACCACAAGGUCCGAAGCACCAACUGAACCUCCAGCAACACUAGCAGCCGCCGUGACCACACCAGUGCCAAGUGAGCGCGGUGAUGAGCUGGAAAACUCGGAGAGAGAGUUUCAAACUCCCGAUCAGGGUGCAGCAGCGCAGUCGUAUGCUUGGUGGCCAGUGCCGCAGCCAAUGCGCAGAGAAGAGAGCUUUCACGCAGCAGCCUUGACACAAGGUCUGCGCAGCCUGAUGAGGCACAACGCCAUCCUCGAUCUCGGCAAGAAGAUGAUGCAUUUGAUCCCGGAUGAUCGUGAAGCAGAAUACGAACUUCCUGAAGGCGCAGAGUCUUAUCCACUGAAGCAAGCGCCAUCAGGUCAUCUCCUUCUCCCAUUCACAGACUUCAAUAAAUGGGAAAAAAGAAGGUUCGAGAAGAUGAAGAUAAAGAUGAUCCACCUGUUCACUGAUGACGAGCCAAGAACAGGCGACUCCACCGCCAGCGGAUCAGGACUGCAGCGUGACACUGAUGUUGACAUGGAGGAUGCAACUGCAAAAGCAUCAGCCACGCCAGCGCCGCCAGCUGGCCCAGCUGACGUGGAAGUUGAUUCGACACCUGCAGCCACAACAUCAGAGUCAGCUGCAGAGCGAUCAGUAGAGGCCACUCGUGCAGCGACAGAAACCAGUCACCACGCUGUCGAGUCAGAACCAACGACUACACCGCGUGACCAAGUGGCCCAGUUCCUACCGCCAUCUCGUAAACUCCAUCGAGCGCCACAAGCCGCAAGAGCCGCAGCUGGAGUUGAGUACGGCCCAGUGAGAAGGCGACGUGAGCGAGCAGAUGAGAUGGAAGAGGUAGAGGUGGAGGAGGAGGAGUCCGGUGAAUCAAGGAGGGUGAGGCAGUUCAGGCUGACAGAAGCAGGAGUUGCAGCUGCCGCCAAAGCAGUGCCAAGGUCACCUCCACAAUCUUCACCAGGGCCUGCUGAUGUGCCUCAGCCGAAGACACCACCUGGACCACCACCUCACUUGCAAGGAUCUGCCGCGCCGCGAGAAGCCAUGCCAAAGCCCAAGAGAAGGCAAGUGCCAAACCCAAAGAGGCAGCCGCCUCAGCCACCGCAGUCUACACGUACUGUCAUCUUGGGGUCUGAUGAGGACGUCAAUGAGGCCAAGGCCAAAGGCACCACAACUUCCCAGACAUCACCAGAAAAGACGAAAGCGUCUGUGCGACAACCGCCGCCGCCACCAGCGCCAAAGAGGCGAUCGACAAGCGAGGCUGCCAAGGAUCGUCUGCGUCGGGGCCGCGGACGGCCGAGUGAGGGCCAGCAAGCGAGAGCGAUGGCCCACUCUCGCUGCUAUACCUCGCAAGGGCCAGCAACCACGCCAAGUCUGCAGUGUUGGCCAUUUCCAACCACAGCAGCACCGUUCGUGCACGCCAAAGACUUGAACUCCGGGCCUGCCGCAUUCGGCCUGUUGAGAUCCUCAGAAAUCUUGAAUUCAAUAGAGUCCUUGAAGACAUCAGGCAACAGAGCUAUGCCUUAG